UUCUCCGAAGGCGAGGAGGCGCCAUCAUGGCGACGAGGUGGCGUUCACCUGCAAGUGAUUAACUACUCCCCCAACCCCUUUCUUUACCCCUCGCCCCCGUCGGAUCAGGCCAAGAGCUAUGGACAAACGCUAGUGCAAACCUCUGUCAACAUGACAACAGCUUCUACAUCUAAAUCAUAUACAUCAUCUGGUAAUCCAUGCAGUAUUUCAGCGGAGAAGGUUGGCCAGAUAAGGCCAAAGGUGCCUCUGCUGAACAUUCUACAGGAAGCAGGUGCAUCAGGGGAGACCUUCACAUUGAAGGAGGUAAUGUAUUAUCUUGGUCAGUAUAUAAUGUUAAAGCAACUCUAUGAUCAACAGCAGCAACAUAUUGUACAUUGUGGAAAUGAUGCACUUGGAAAAGUAUUUGGAGUCCAGAGUUUCUCUGUUAAAGAUCCAAGCCAAUUGUACGAAAUGCUUUCAAGGAACCUGAUAGCUGCCAACUUUCAAGAUGCUGCACAGACCCGCACACUUGUAAAGGAUACGAAAUGCCUGCCUAUGAGGGAAGAUCUUCCGAAGUGCCCUGCAUCAGGGGAAUGUGAAGAUGAAAUAGCUGCCUGGAACAUUGCACUUUCAGCUACCUCACACUUAAAACGAAAAAACUCCGAAUCAGAUGAGUCUCUAACAGAUGAUCACACUGAAUGUCAAGCCAAAAAAUUAAAAGCAGAUAACGUUUCUGAUCUGUGGGAUGCUGCCGGACUGCCAUGGUGGUUUAUAAAAACCUUGCGUUCUAAUUACGGAAGCAGGAAGAGUGGAUCGACUGAUAUUCAUAGUAACCAGGAUAUAGACACUGCCAUUGUCUCUGACUCGACUGAUGAUCUGUGGUUUCUGAAUGAAGCUCCUACUGACCAAAUAAACACGGAGAUCAAGUUGGACACUGUUGAGUUGAAAGAGAAGGAUGUUUGUGAGGGCCUGGUGGAGGAAGGAGACAACACAGAUAAGAAGGAGGUUAUUGGAGUUACAGUAUUUGAAACUGAAAAGGACACAGUGGAUUCAGGGGAUGACACUGACACAGAAAUAUCUCAUUUGGCUGAGGAUUCCAGUGACUUGAAGGACUCUUGGAAGUGUACUAAAUGUGGAAGGUUGAAUCCCUCUCAAAAGCAAUACUGCCUUCAGUGUUGGGCACUUCGUAAAGGCUGGCACCUUAAUUGCCCCAGGUUUGUACCGUGCAUUUCUGACCCAUCCACUGGCUUUGGAGAAGGUGAGGACGAUGAAGGUAUUGACGUUCCUGACUGUCGGAGGUCUAUCUCUGAGCCUCUGCUUCAGACUGAAGUUGCCAAAUGCAAGGAGAAAGGGAAACAUAUUCAGGGUCGAGCAUCUACAGGGAGAUUUCUACAACCAUCCACUUCAAGUAUCAGCUUAUGUGGGAGCAAAGAGGAGGUUGAAUCCAUGUGUGAAGAAACAAAAAUGCAACACAAGGGCUCCUUGCAUUUUCAAAGAAAUUGCUUGGGGCCCUGUCUUAUCUGCGGUGUGCGUCCAAGGACUGGGAAUAUCAUUCAUGGAAAGACGGGACACCUUGUAGCAUGCUAUGCAUGUGCUAAGAUGUUAUACAAGCGAAAACUGCCUUGUCCUGUAUGUGUGCAGCCGAUUACUACAGUAAUUAAAACUUUCAUAGGGUAAGCAGCUUGCUUAGUUAGAUACUAAGCAACAUGCAAGUGAACAUGUAGCAUAACUGUUCAGAUUCUGAUCCACCCAGUAGUUUCAGUCACUUUUGUUGUGAUAUGGUUAAGAUGACUGAGAACCUGUAACUUCAGAGAAGCAGUGUACUUUGAUCAUUCCAAGGCAUGCCACGGGUUAUUGCCAUAGAUGCUAAAUGUUGGUUGUAAAACACACCACAGGGAGAAAUUUAACGUAUUCAGUUGCAACUUUGAUUCAUGAUCCCACCAUUAGUGAGAUUAGCUUUGGGAGCUAAUGAGACUAAUUGAAAUGAUUACUGAAACAAUACCAUUGCUGCUUGAGCCUGUGAUGUUUAACGAGACAGCCACCAGUACAACUAAAUAUCAUACUCGGUAUGUCAGAUGAGAGAGUAUUUUAGGGAUUUAACUUCAGUGAGGAGUUGACCAGUUUUUUGUUUAGUGUAAUGUCUAGCUCUUAGCAAAACAUUUGAGAAGUCAAAAACCUGGUUGCCAUAGUUUGAAAUUACAAAGUUAGCCAGAGUUGGAUUCGUACUUCCACUAUUGGGUCAUGAUUCAUAAUUAUCUUCAGUGCAAGUCGGAGAAUUUGUAUGCUGGGGACACGAGACACUUUCUUUUCUCGUAGGAGGAUGACUGUCUCAUCCUUGCUCCAUUUUGUGCACUAAUUGACAAUGCCUGAAGCCAUAGUCUAUGUUGAAUUGUAAGAAACACUAAUCUAGCAAACUAUAUUCUACAGAUGUUACAUAGAUAGUUAUAAGAAUGGAAGGCUAUACAUACAGCCCAGUGUUUUGAGUUUGUUCUUCAAGCAUUUCCAAUCUUCAGCAAUAUUAGGCCAUGUUUUGACCUGACGUUGCAAUGCUAAUAAUUACUAUUCCAAAUGUAGCUCUAGUUCAGAAAGAAGAAUAAAAAUUGUGCUAAAGCUGAAGGUAAUAUUUCCCACCCUGACUCUACAGGAGAUGUGUAGUCAGUUCUGAACAGAUUCAGUUUUGAUUUGAAACUUGAGUUAAAAUGGAGUUGUGCGGUGAAUUAUUUUCUCAGAAAUUAUGAUGUUCUGCUUUUGUCAAUUUGCCUUGGGUACCCAGCCUGUUGUAAUUCUCGGACCACUCUCAUGUUCCUAAUUAUGAGACACGCUUUUGUAUUUACAGUAAAUAGUUACGUUAAUUUGGAAAACAUAUUAACAGUUCAAAUUCAGUAAGAAAUUUAUGACUGAAGUUAAUAAAUAUGAAGAUU